AACGACUGGGAUUCUCGAGGACGAUACCAUGAAGUCUGUUCCGACGCGUACCCAUCAAGGUAGCUCCGCACUACGACCGACCGCUGGCAGUCGCAAAGUGCGAUUCCCGCAGACUCUGGCGCGGAGGCUGAGAUGCCAACUUGUGUGACGCUCUUCGUGCGUCAAACGUUUGGCAUACAGUGUACGCAUGAAAGUCUUGGGAGACAGCCAAGCAGACAGUCGAAUGCCCUCGUCCAGGAUUUGAACGAAUAUACUGCCAUCUGCUCAGAGGUCCUGCUACGUACGGCGCGAAAUGAUCAGACGCUUGCGAGACAAGCGUAUAAGAUGGAUGCGACGCGUGUGUCAUCGCUCAAGGUGACCUCCCGCACACCUACACACACUCGUUCACAGUUUCCUUUAGGCUACCUAGCCAACUCCACUCCUUGCAAUAUGCGUGCCUUCUACCUCUCCUUCCUCGCCUACGCGUUCAUCGCGUUCGCAGCUCCUAUCUCUCUCCCGGGUACAUCCGUCGCCGCCGCGACCGACAGUGUCGUGCCGUCUGUCACAUCGGUCGUUAUACCCACUGCGUCUUUGACUGCAAUUGCUCCUGCGCCGUCCAGUUCCCGUGAGUAUCUGCACGUAUGUCAGAUCUUGAUAACCUCACGAAACAUCAUCAGCCGUGCCUUCGUCCACAGAGUCCUCAGGGGAUGAGAAUGAAGACGAAAACGAGGACGAUGAGCCGGAUGAAAACGAGGAUGAGCCGGACGAGAACGAGCCAGAUGAGGACGAACCAGACGAGGACGAGCACGACGGCGAGCACGAAGCAGGCUCUGGGGGCGGUGACGAUGACAGUCACAGCAGCGACGACCACCAGAAGUUCACCGUCGAGAUCGAAAUCGAAGUGAAGCACUCCGAUCUCGACCUCACCUCCUUCCUGCCAUCCGCCGACGCCGAUCUCGAUAUCGAGGUCAAGCUCGAUCCCGCCAAAGC